CACUAUUCUGUGACUAAUUCCAUUAGACAGUGUUGUCAUUUUUGGUUCUAUUAUGCAAAACUUACAGUUUUCAGCCUCCGAAAUUGGCUCUACAAAUGCAGAUCCUAUACAUAUCAGGGUAACGAGUGAGAAGGCUCCUUUGAUCAGCGGUCGAGGAAUCUUUCAUCGCCUUUUUGGAGGAAUCUUUGGGUUGGGUAAAUCACCACACGUUGAGGGAGAUGGCUACAUCGAGUUUAGCAGUUUGGGGACAGACAGUGGGCGUACAUUGGGAACCUUUGCUGGAGUAUUCAGCCCUGUCACCCUGUCCAUGUUCAGUGCCUUAGUUUUCAUACGAAUGGGAUAUAUUGUUGGAAAUGCAGGAUUACUAAUGACGUUGACUCAGUUUGUAAUCGCUUAUGGAAUUUUAUUAUUUACAGUUGCCUCUGUUUGUGCAAUUUCAACAAAUGGGGCAGUUGAGGGAGGAGGCGCAUAUUUUAUGAUAAGCAGAACUUUAGGACCUGAAUUUGGGGGCUCCAUUGGCACACUUUUUUUCAUGGCAAAUGUUGUGUCCAGUGCUCUUUGUAUCUCUGGUUGUGCCGAAGGAUUAGUGGAGAAUUUUGGACCAUCUGGUUACUUGGCUGGCAAAGAUGGACUAUUACCUGAUGGCAAGUGGUGGAGAUUUCUCUACUGCUCUGUCUUAAAUACUGCGAAUCUGCUCGUGUGUCUCAUCGGAGCUGCUAUGUUUGCUAAGACCAGCAUAGCCAUUUUAGCAAUUGUCUGCGUUUGUCUUGGAAGUGUCUUCAUAAGUUUCUUAGUACAAGGAGCGGUAGAAGUACCUAUACCAGAAGCAAACAUGUUGGUACAGAAUGCUACAGUACAUGUAAAUGGAUCCUACACUGGAUUGUUAUCGGCUACUCUUAAGGAGAAUCUUUAUACAAAUUAUAGCAUGGAUUAUUCAAGUGAUGGCACUAGAACUGACUUUGCUAGUGUUUUUGGUGUCCUCUUCAGUGGUGUUACUGGAAUAAUGGCUGGAGCUAACAUGAGUGGCGAACUAAAGAAUCCCGGACACAAUAUUCCUCGCGGCACAUUGUCUGCAGUCCUUUUCACCUUUGUUUGCUACAUUUUCUUAUCGGUUUUAACGGCUUCAACGACCAGCAGAUUUUUGUUACAAAAUAAUUUUAUCUACAUGAUGCCUGUAAACGUUUGGCCACCUUUUGUGGCAAUUGGAAUUCUUACCGCGACAUUUAGUGCAGGACUGAGCAAUUUAAUCGGCUCCAGCAGAGUACUCGAAGCACUUGCAAAGGACAAUGUGUUUGGUUCCGCAUUAAAUUUUGUAAUACAAGGAACCUGGCGAGGUAAUCCAAUAGCUGCGGUCCUUACAUCUUGGACUCUCGUCCAAGUUAUUUUACUUAUGGGAUCUCUAAAUACCAUAGCUCAAAUAAACUCGGUCCUCUUCUUGUUGAGCUAUCUCGCCACCAAUCUUGCAUGUCUUGGACUCGAACUAGCCAGCGCUCCAAAUUUCAGGCCGACGUUCAACUAUUUCACUUGGCACACUGCUACGGUUGGUUUGCUAGGAACCUUAAUAAUGAUGUUCACGAUAAAUAGCAUCUACGCCUCGAGUAGCAUAAUUCUCUGCCUGAUCUUGGUGAUCGUGUUACACCUUUUCUCUCCGAGUAAAAAUGCUCCUUGGGGCAGCAUAUCGCAAGCUCUCAUCUUCCACCAGGUGAGGAAGUACCUGCUGAUGCUGGAUUCUCGAAAGGACCACGUAAAGUUCUGGAGACCUCAGAUGCUGUUAAUGGUGGCUUCUCCGAGAUCAUCCUGUCCGCUGAUCGACUUUGUCAAUGAUCUGAAGAAAGGUGGACUUUAUGUGAUCGGCCACGUCAAGGUCGGCGACUUUACCGGCCAAAAUGUUGAUCCUACCCUGGAAGAAUAUCCUCACUGGUUAGGACUGGUUGAUCAUAUGAAGGUAAAGGCCUUCGUAGAGCUCACCGUCACCAAGACUGUUCGAGAGGGCCUCCACCACCUGAUUAGGUGUUCCGGAAUGGGAGCAAUGAAGCCAAAUACUAUCGUCCUGGGAUUCUACGAUGAAGAGACUCCACAGGACUUCUUCCAGAACUCCCAGUAUACUACGACUGCGUUUGAUAAUGUUAAUGGAGAAGCAAAUGGUACCCUAUUCCCAUUGAGGCGAUCUGGAGAGGAGAAGAGCAUUGAUCGGAUUCAGUAUGUGGGGAUGUGCAUGGAUGUGUUAAAGAUGAAGAAGAACCUUUGCUUGUGCAGGAACUUCCACCUGCUGGAUAAGAGUCGUAUUAAUAAGAAUUCGAAUUUAAAAUACAUCGACGUGUGGCCAGUGAACUUCUUCCAACCCUCCGAUCAAGACCCCUUUGAUACCACUUCAUUGUUCAUGCUGCAAUUAGCAUGCAUCAUUAACAUGGUACCAACAUGGAAAAACCUGCACUUAAGAGUGUUCAACUGUGAGAUCGCGGAGAGUGAAACCAGCCUGUCUAUAUCGGAAUCGAGUUCAAUAAACGAGUUUCCGAAGGCUUCGAAUGAGCAUCGGAUAAAGAAACUGCUGAACAUGCUUCGGAUUUCUGCAUCGAUUCAGAAAAUUCCAGAUUGGGGAGCACAAGUUGGAGGCCUUAAUGGCAGACCUCUCAUUGAGCCUAAAGCAGAAAGCUUUGAUGGCGGCCAUGAUUCGACCGAUGACAUUUUGAGCAACGUUUCUCGGUCUUAUAUAUUAAGCGUGAACCAGUUAAUAAGGCACCAUUCAACUCAAACAGCAGCAUCUUUUAUAUAUCUUCCGGCUCCUCCAUCGUCAACUUCUUGGGAAGAGGAAAUGGUCUACCCCCAAUACCUUCAGCUUUUAACAGAAUUGACUGCAGACUUACCUCCGACAGUGUUGGUGCAUGGUGUCAGCGCUGUUACUUCCACAACUUUAUAACGGUAGACAGUUUUAAAAGAUGGGGUAGACAUUCUUAAGUUUCUCAAAUCGAGGAAUCACUUCAGAAACGGAAUUUUAAUUAAUUCUAACAUCGUUACUUCACAACAUGAACAUUUGUGCUGUAUGAAGUUUUAUAUGGUUUACAUUAGGAUUUCAUGAGAAUGACCAGAGAGCAUUUUAUACGUAAGCUUAUAUGCACAAGGGUACAGAACAUUGUAGGAUUUAUUGAAGCCAUACGCAGAUCGAGAUUUUAAUUAGACAAUAUUAAGAGGAAAUGGAUUUCGAAAUCUUUUACGGUGAUAUAAUCGAAAAAGUUGUUUCUACUAAUUGGGACAAGACUUUCGGAGUCAUGUUCUGUUCAGUUUGGUAUAUUAUGACGUUGAUAUUUGUGGGUACCACAUACUUUUUGAUGUAAUUAUUUCUAAUUAUUUGAAAUCGUCACUGUUGAGUUUGGGAAUUUUUUGCAGGGUUAUAUUGCAUUUAGUGGAAAUAAUUUUAUAAUAUACACAAAUUGUCAAAAAUUCAAGAUGGUAAUCUUGCAAAAUGUACUAUUUGGUGGAAGUAGAAUGGCAAAGCAAUUAGAUGCGAUUGAAAUCUAAAAAGAAAAUUAAUAGACAAGGUCUAACCUUGAUCAUAUCAUAUAAGAGAAUCAGAAAAAUCAACAGUUUUGGAUGUUCAGUCCGAGAAAAAUGUUUUUUAAUUAUAACUAGAAAACUAAGGAAACUUGAAAAACUUGAAAUAAUCAAUACUACUAAAGUCAUGCGUUAACGUUACGAAUUUACUGCUGCGAGUAUUAAUUGGAAUAUGUAUAAAGAAAAAAAAAGA